UAUCCGUCAAAUUGCGUGCCAAAACUUAUGUUAUCAAGUCCGUAUGGCCGGCCGGAUGGCGGGCGCUUCCUCCAAUGGUCGCCGACCGAGAUCUCGUACGUUCAACCUCGAAGCUGACCUGUGAUACCAAGUGAGUAGUCCGCCGGCCGUUGCGGGUUGAGCGGGUUGAAUACUUUGCCUCGGGAGGGUUUUGCAUUCGGCAGUGGUCUUUGACUCUAUAAUGCUUUGAAACAAGAUGCCGACCGAGUGCUGAGGUUUAGCGGAUGGGGGGUUCUCAUGAAAGGACGCGAGGCUCACUGGUGCUAUGGACAUUGCUCAUAUCAGCCCCCUGUCUCAACGGCUAUGCGUGGGAACCAAGACAAGCUUCAGUGUGCUUGGUAAUAUGCCGAUCCGAGUGCGCCUCAUGUCGGUCUAAUUCUGCGCCCGUCCUCAUAAACUGGCCAGCCCAUAUCCGGCCUAAGGCGGCCUGUUCUUGCAUCUCAUUUGCAUAUAAGUGUUCAUUUCUCGCCCACUCGUCCUCGAACUUGACAACUAUCAACCCUACUGAGGGCCUUUGGCCAAGACAUAGGAUCUUCGACAGAUUCUGCGUCUUUCUACCACACAUUUCGGGGGAAUGCAGCAGUAACAAAGGUAACGAUGACCCGUGGGCUGACACGUCGGGUCGCGGUCUCGAGAACUCUUUUGGAUUGGUGGAGUUUCCCGGCUCUGACGGAAACGCCGGGGUAUUCGAUGACUUCGGUUACUGGGGAGGGGAUCGGAUGGAGAUAAGCAAAGAAUCCCGGUACAUCAAAGUCUGCCUGGUGCCUGGACUGUUUCAAAGCACAAUAGCAGACCCGCGGCCGCUUUGGGGCGGAUCACAUUAGUUAGAGCUGCCGAUGUCUAGCCAGUUUCCGAUAUCAAGCUACCUAGCAGAUAAGCUGAACCCGAGUGCUAUUUUGCAGGACUCUAGACCACAACCAGGGAAGCUUGACGUUGCCAGCGUUUCGAAUGUCGAAAACCUUGAUGCGUUCUUCAAUCGUCCAGACUCCUUCGAGGGAAUCCUGGAUCAGCCGAGCAGCAAUCAGGAAAGCCUACCUACGGAUGAGCUGCAAUAGUCAACACAUGAGGCGCCACAAGAGAGAACACCGCUGCGCAGAAUUUCCCAUAGCUUUUCCAGAACCGCGAGGUCU